AUGAAUAUCAACAUCCCAAAUCUUAUCAAAUCCGCUGUCCCAGAGGCAGAGGGACGAAACGUGCAGAUUCUCUCAGACAACAGAUCCAAUUAUCGAGAUGGUAAUUUCCUCUCAGGAGAUUUCCCACGAAACCCACCCAAGCUUUACAUAACCGGAGAAAAUGACGACUUUGAUGAAAUUACUCUGAAAGAGUGGCGGGAUGAGGGUUUCAACGUCGAGUACAUCUCUAUGGAGAGCUGCGGAGAUGGCUACUUGAAGAAGAUCAAGUCGCUAAGCAGGGAGAACAUGGCUCCUUGUGAGAAGUUUGGAAUUGUUGCCUACGACGAUGCAGCAGCAGUAUGCUUGGAACACUUCCACAUUCUAGAUAACAACCCGGAAUUCAAGCUGGGCCUUCUCAUUGCGUACUACCCAACCCGCAUCCCCGACACCAAUGGCAAGUUUCCCAACAGCAUAAGUGCUCUUGUGCAUCUCGCAGCUGGUGAAGAAGUAGGCGUUGUCAAGCAGUCUCAGAUGGUAGGCAUUCAGGGCAAGAAACGCGUGCGACGUACAAAGAUCAGCAGUGGUCUUGGUACUGGCGGCAAGCUCGACCUUGCUUAUCCUAGCUAUACAUACGAGGCUGAACCUGGAUUUGCUGAGCAUGAUCUUGAUGAGUUUGAUGGGGUAGCGGCGGACCUGGCUUGGAGUCGGAGUCUGGCAGCCGCGAGAAAGGUUUUUGGUAUUAAUCCAGACCUGGAAGUCGUUUUGGAAAAUAACUUGCAGAGCAAAUUCUUCUCCAAGAACUUGAACCAAGCCAUCUCAACAUACACAACGCACAAGACGCCUCAUGUAACAUACAUGCCGACCUUGACAGGCGCCACGGGUGCCGAAGAGUUGAAGCGCUUUUACUCAGAAACCUUCACCACACCGCCAUCACUCAAAAUCACAUUACUUUCACGUACUAUCGGAGUGGAUCGUGUGGUUGACGAGAUGCACGUCCAAUUCAAGCACACCGAACAAGUGCCAUGGAUACUGCCCGGAGUCGCACCCACAAACAAGAAGAUCGAAAUAAUUAUGGUCAGCAUAGUGUCGGUCAAAGGAGGAAGACUGCACCACGAGCAUGUUUACUGGGACCAAGCAAGUGUGUUAGUCCAAGCUGAACUGCUGGAUCCAAAGCUGUUACCACAAUCAGCAAAAGAUCUAGGCCUCGAGAAGCUCCCUGUGGUAGGACGCCGAGCGGCGAGAAGGGUAAGGAGGAACAGGGACUUGAGUGAUGAUGAAGGUGAAGCAGAUAAUGAGCUAAUUCCUGGAUGGAAGAACGAGAACAGUGAGAGUGAGGGUGUUGCUGAGCUACCUUGA